UUUCCGCGGAGGCAUAUACUGCUUGGGGUAGACUCCUUGUCGACCGCCAUCAUGGAGAUUUUUGUGAUGGUGCGUCGUGAAAAGACAACAAUCUUCCUUGAUUGUAAGGAAGCCACAACUGUCUACGAGCUAAAGAAAAUGGUCGAAGGCAUCUUAAAGAAGGCUCCAGAAGAUCAGAGGCUGUACAAAGAUGAUCAAGUCCUGGAUGAUACGAAAACUCUGGAGGAUUGUGGUUUUACAACCCAAACCGCGAAAGCUCAAACUCCGGCAUUGAUUAGCUUGUCAUUCAGAGGAGAAGAUGGAGAGUUUGAACCAGUUGUGAUCGCUCCUCAUUCCACCCCACCUGAAUUGCCAGAUGUGAUGAAACCCCAGGAGACUGUUUCUAACAGUGAUGGCUCAUAAAUGUUAUGUCCUAAAGUAUGAUUCUUUUUUUCGUAGAUCAACUCAUACUCAAUCUCACAAACUAGUUGCAACUUUAGUGCCAUUGUUGACAAACUUAGAUUACAACAAACUGGCCAAAGCCUUGUGUGAUGAAAGAAUCAUUACUAUUAUAUAUUUAACUUUCUGGUUUACAAAUUCCCAUCCAUAGAUUUGAAGUAAUGUCGAUUAAAUGACUGGUAAAGAAAUGUUCUUGGAUAUUUAGGAAAAAAACCCUGGUUUAGUCGGUCAUGGCAGUACCAGCUAACAACAGAUCUUCAGUUUUAUUAAAAAAAAAAGAAUGUAAUAACUCUACAGUCCAAAUAUUUUGGUAAUGCAAAGACAACCUGGUGCAAUUUUGACCAUAACAUGGUAAAGAGCUCGCUUUUAAUGUUUUGAUGAAUGUGUAAUUUAUUUGCUAUUUCCCUGUUAAACUGAAAGCAAGGACUACUUUCUUACUGAUCUAAACUAAAAUGUCUGAAAACAUAAUUAAUCUGUAGUUCAUUGUUGAUUUGAAAUUUAAAGUAGUGGUUUUGUGUCUAGUAAAAUUUGUUCUAGCUGUG